AUGAAUUUAUUACAGGAAAAAUUUCAUGUUAAUUUUACUGCAACAAAUGAUAAUCAAAAUACAAAACGAAAAAAUGAUACAACCAUUUUAAAUGAACAAUCAAUACAAAAAAAGAUGAAACUGCACGAAGUGGCAAUUGAUUAUCAAGAUGAUGAUGAAUAUUUAGAUAAUCAUCCAUUACCCAAUAUGAAGCAAGCAAUACAAUUAUUAGGUGGUGGUUAUAAAUUUUUUUCCAAACUUGAUAUGAAGAGUGGAUUUUGUCAAAUUCUAAUUAAAGAAGAAGACAAAUUUAAAACUGCAUUUAUUACUCCAGAUGGUCUUUUCGAAUGGAAUGUGCUAGCUCAAGGUCUCAAGAAUAGCCCACCAUCUUUUCAACGAGUAAUGGCUGAUAUAUUAUCUACUUGUCGGCAAUUCUCGUUGGUUUAUAUUGAUGAUAUCGUGGUGUAUUCUCAUUUAUUUGAAGAACAUCUCAAUCAUCUUACAAAAUAUUUUUAUCAACAAAUCGAUUAUUUAUCUCAUACGAUAUCUAAAGAUGGUGUUAAGCCAACCAAUGAAAAAAUUCAAGCAAUUAUUAAAUUACGACAACCUACUAAAUCAGCUGAAGCAAAUAAAUUUCUUGGUGCUCUUUCGUGGUAUCGUAAAUUUAUACCCAAAUUUGUAACAAUUACUGCACCUACUCAUGCUAUAACAAACUUAACAAAAACAAAUAGACACAAAUUCGAAUGGGGUACUUCUCAAUCUCAAGCAUUUUCACAAUUGAAGCAGUUAUUAAUUACCUCUCCAUUAUUUCUUGAUUUUCCAAAUGAUAAUUAUCCUGUUAUAUUAACAACGGAUGCAUCAGAAAUUGGUAUUGGUGGUACAUUACAACAAAAUAUUAAUGGUGAAAUAAAAAAUUUAUAUUAUCAUUCUCAAGUUACAUCUUCUACUCAACGACGAUAUGAUUCUAUUGAAUUAGAAGUAUUAGUUAUAUGGUUAUGUUUUCAACGAAUACGAUCUUAUCUACUUGAAUUUAAUAUCGAAAAAAUUAUUCAUAUUAAAGGUCAACAUAAUUGUUUAGCUGAUUAUUUAUCUCGUCAUCCAAUACAAAAUGAUGAAGAAAUAUUUGAUGAGGAUUAUAGCAUAAGCAUGUUAUUUCAGGGGGAACCACCAGAGACGGUGCAUGCUCCUGUCAAUCAUCCUCCAGUUAUUGGUGCUGUUGUUACGCGUUCAAAAAUGAAACAAAUACAACAACAACAAAAUGAAAAUGACAAAAUUACACCACACACUGUAAAUAAUAUAUCAACGGCGUCAAGUAAAGACAAAAUUGAACAUUCAAAUAAAUCUCCAUCACACUUAAUUACGUCUAACAAUUUUGAUAUAACUCAAAUUAAACUUGAACAGUCAAAAGAUUCAAAUAUUCAGAAGAAGAUUAAAGAAGUUAUGCAAGAUCCAACAAAACAUUCUUAUGUAGUUACAGAUGGUUUAUUAUAUAAAUUGGUAUUAAUGAAUGUUGCUAGUAAUAAUAAUAAGAAAUGGUCAUUUUGGCAUUCAGCGAACAUAUUUAAAAAAUUAAAAAAUAAAUUCUGGUGGCCAAAUAUGAAACAAUCAAUUAUUCAACAUAUUCAAUCUUGUUUACCUUGUCAACAACAUAAUAUUAGUCGUACAAAGAAACCAGGUCGACUUAAUUCAAUUCCAACUCCAGAGGAACUAUUUCAAUUAACAGGUAUUGAUUAUUGUGGUCCGUUCAAACCAACACCUCGGGGAUGGAUGACUGCAAUAGCUUUACCUGAUUGUUCAGCACAAACCAUGGUUCAAACAUUAUUUAAUAAUUAUAUUUGUCCAUAUGGUGUACCAUUAGCUAUAUUAUCUGAUCAAGGUACUCAUUUUAAAAAUCAAUUUAUGGAAUCCAUAGCAAAAUUAAUUGGUUACAAUCAUAUUUUUUCAAGUGUUUAUCACCCACAAAAACCACGUUUACCUACUAAUGAACCUUCAUCAGCAUUUACUUUCAAUAAACCAAAUGAUUAUUAUGUACAAUUGAAAAAAAAUCUGUUGAUAAUACAACAACACGCACGUGAUAAUAUUAUUCGUCGACAACGACAAUACAAGAUUAAUUAUGAUAAACAAUGUCCAGAUCCACAUUAUGAAAUCAAUGAUCCAGUACUGAUUAAAAUUCAUGGAAUAAAGAAAAAAUUAGAACAAAAAUAUUCGAUUACACCAAAAAUAAUUAUUAGGAAACAACAUCCAAUUGAUUGGGCCAAACAUGAAAAAACACAGGUCGAAUCCAGAGUACAUGUUAAUGAUAUUCGACCUAUCCUUAUUUUAAAAUCAACAUGA